AUUAUUUUUAUUUUAACGCAAGAAGAAACGAAAACCACCAAUAAAAAAAUAACGAACUCGUCUGCCCUCUCUUCACCUCUUUUCUUCCUCUCGCUACACGCUAAAACUGCACCAUUUUGAAGCUCUAAAUACCAACGCUCUUCCACUUCCACCUCUCACUUACAGUUGUGAUCCAAAGGUUCUUUUAGCUUUGUAGUGUCAGAUUAUCAAAAACUCCGAAGAAGAUCGAGUAAACAUCGAGCGAUUUUGGUUUUUUUACUUUUUUUCUAAAGAAGAUUUGCCUCUUUAUCUAUAAAGUGCAGAUAUCCUGCGAAGAAGUUAUAUUUGAUGGCUUCACCAGCGAUUGAUUCUGUAUGGCUAUCCUUGCCUAGCGAGCCCUUUUGUAAAUCUUUAAAUGUAUGUGUAGAGGAAGCAAAUCCAGCCGAUAUUUUACCUGUGCUGGAAGCUCCUAUGUCUUCUGUGUCUGAUAACUCUAACAUCCCAAAACCGCCACCUCUCCCUCAUAAAAUGUGUACAAGAACUCAGUAUUCCAAGAGGCCUCUGGAGUGUAGUUUUGUCCCAAAGGAAACAAAGGAUACGUGGGACAAGCUUUUUAAGGAAGGGUAUGGUGCAGAUGUUUGUAUUAUCACUGAGGAUAAAUCAUGUGUUCUAGCUCAUUCUAAUGUUUUGAGUGUUGCAUCUCCUGUGCUGGGUAAUGUUCUCAGGCUAUCAAAAGUCAAGCAUGGCAUGAGAUAUAUCAAAAUUCCAGGAGUACCUUAUGGUGCUGUCUGUGUGUUUAUUCGUUUUCUAUAUUCAUCCUGCUACGAAGAGGAAGAGCUGCAGAAGUUUGUUCUCCAUCUAUUAGUCUUGUCACAUUCCUACUCAGUUCCAGCACUGAAAAGAGCUUGUAUUUGCCUACUGGAGGAAGGCUUGCUUACCAGGGAAAAUGUGAUAGAUGUUCUUCAGUUAGCAAGAAAUUGUGAUGCACCUAGGCUUGCCUUCAUUUGUGUUCGUAUGGUUGUAAAGGAUUUCAAAUCUAUAUCUUCAACUGAAGGUUGGAAAGUGAUGAAGCGUGCCAAUCCUGCUCUUGAGCAAGAACUUGUAGAGUCUGUUGUUGAAGCAGAUACUAGAAAGCAAGAGAGGCAGAGGAAAAUGGAGGAUAAAAAGGUUUACUUGCAACUGUAUGAGGCAAUGGAAGCCCUCCUUCACAUUUGCAAGGAUGGUUGUAGGACGAUUGGACCUCAUGACAAGGUGCUAAAAGGAAGCCAGGUUACCUGCAAUUUUCCAGCUUGUAAAGGACUUGAAACCUUAGUGCGUCAUUUCGCGAAUUGUAAGACUCGAGUCCCUGGUGGAUGUGUUCACUGCAAGCGCAUGUGGCAGCUUCUUGAACUGCAUUCCCGCAUGUGCAAUGAGCCUGAUUCCUGCAAGGUUCCUCUUUGUAGGCAUUUUAAGGAGAAAAUGCAGCAGCAGAGCAAGAAAGAUGAGACUAAGUGGAAGCUGUUGGUCAGCAAAGUUGUUGCAGCAAAGAAUGCAGUUGGGUCAUUCUCAUCUCGGCGGUCAGGUUUAUUGUGACAUCUUAAAUGAGAAAAUGGCAUUACCAUGUACUUUUAUUGGAAUUGGUUAGUGCUCCAUAGUAACUUAUACAAGUUCUGAAAUGGGAAAAAUAAAAAAAAUAAUAUUAAUAAUGAGUUAAUGACAAAAUAAAUAAUAGCAGUUGUUUCUUCUUUAGGAGUAUUCUUAUCUUUUUUUUUUUUUCUUAUUUAACUUUUUUAUCUCUCUUACAUAAUCAAUCUAAAGAACAGAUGAUGUAGGGAGUGAAAUAAUUGAAAUGACAUCAUUUCUUCCUUCUUCCAUUUGAUUUUUUCCUGGUUUAAUUAUUUCUUCUAGUGCUAAUAUCAUCUGCUGUUAGCUCAUUCCAAAAUGACUUUGCAUAUGGAAGGGAUUGAUUUCACCAUUUUGACUUCUGGGAGCAAAAUGUUUCACCUAGCUGACUUAAUCACCAUAGUGAUUACCAUGAAAUGGUACCAAGUAUCUGUUGGGGACAGAUUUUCAGGUGUGCUAAUGGCCUUUGAACUGACUACUGAGUAGCUUGUUUCAAUGUAAACAAAGGUUCAGAGGCCGGUGGUGUGAUCAUUUAUGGAAUGGGAAAGUAAUGAUUUUUCUGUAUCGUAUUGUAUCAUGUCAAACACAAGUAAAACAUGGAAAAAAUUGUGUCAAAUUCGAUUGAUAUACAAAACAUAUAUUUUGGUUUUUA